UUAGAAAAAAGCUUUUACGAGGUAUCAGCACUUUUCUUUCAUUGGGGGGAAGGCGUGAGGAAAGUACCAAACAGCAGCAGACUUUUAAACUUUAAAUAGCCAGGUCUGAGUGCCUGAACUUGCCUUUUCAUUUUACUUCAUCCUCUACGGAGUUCAAUCACUUGGAGUGCCUACUUCACUUCUUUAAGCGAAAGAGAGGUAUCCAGGCAACAUGGGUGACUGGAGUGCCUUAGGCAAGCUCCUUGACAAGGUCCAAGCCUAUUCCACUGCUGGAGGGAAGGUGUGGUUGUCGGUCCUCUUCAUUUUUCGAAUCCUACUACUGGGGACAGCGGUUGAGUCAGCUUGGGGUGACGAGCAGUCUGCCUUUCGUUGUAACACUCAACAACCUGGUUGUGAAAAUGUCUGCUACGACAAGUCUUUCCCAAUCUCUCAUGUACGCUUCUGGGUCCUGCAGAUCAUAUUCGUGUCCGUACCCACGCUCUUGUACCUGGCCCACGUGUUCUAUGUGAUGCGUAAAGAAGAGAAACUGAACAAGAAGGAGGAGGAGCUCAAAGUUGCCCAAACCGAUGGGGUCAACGUAGAGAUGCACUUGAAGCAGAUUGAAAUAAAGAAGUUCAAGUAUGGUAUUGAGGAGCAUGGUAAAGUGAAGAUGCGAGGAGGGCUGCUGAGAACCUACAUCAUCAGUAUCCUCUUCAAGUCUGUCUUCGAGGUGGCCUUCUUGCUGAUCCAGUGGUACAUCUAUGGAUUCAGCUUGAGCGCCGUCUACACUUGCAAAAGAGAUCCCUGCCCACACCAAGUCGACUGCUUCCUCUCUCGCCCCACAGAGAAAACCAUCUUCAUCAUCUUCAUGCUGGUGGUAUCCUUGGUGUCUCUUGCCUUGAAUAUCAUUGAACUCUUCUAUGUCUUCUUCAAGGGCGUUAAGGAUCGUGUGAAGGGAAGGAGUGAUCCUUACCAUGCUACCACUGGCCCACUGAGCCCCUCCAAAGACUGUGGAUCUCCCAAGUAUGCUUAUUUCAAUGGCUGCUCCUCACCAACCGCUCCCCUGUCACCUAUGUCUCCUCCUGGUUACAAGCUGGUUACUGGUGACAGAAACAAUUCUUCUUGCCGCAAUUAUAACAAGCAAGCAAGUGAGCAAAACUGGGCUAAUUACAGCGCAGAACAAAACCGAAUGGGGCAGGCAGGAAGCACCAUCUCCAACUCCCACGCCCAGCCUUUUGAUUUCCCCGAUGACAACCAGAAUACUAAAAAAAUUGCUGCUGGACACGAACUACAGCCACUAGCCAUCGUGGACCAGCGACCUUCAAGCAGAGCCAGUAGCCGCGCCAGCAGCCGACCUCGACCUGACGACCUGGAGAUCUAGAUACAGUCUUGAGCAUCAAAAUUCCACUUAAUUGUGGAGAAGAAAAAAGGUGCUGUAGAAAGUGCACCUUAGGUGUUAAUUUUGUUCCAGUGGAGGUGGUACUCAACAGCCUUAGUCACGAGGCUUAGAAAACACAAAGACGUUAGAAUACCUAGGUUCAUCGGGGGUGUCUGGGAUAGGCGGGUGGAGAGGGAGGGGAUAAGGGAGGUACAUGUUGAUAUUUAACGUAGUGAAUUCAAAGAACUUAAUUUCUAAAAAGAGUUGCAUUAGGUGAUACAUAGGUAAGGGCUUUUUCUCCUCGACAUACACCCCUAAGAAUGGUUCUGUGUAUGUGAAAGAGUGGGUGAUCAUUGUGGCUAAAUAAUUUUUUUUUUUUUUUUAAUUUUUGUUGUACCAAGAAACUGAAAUAGUUUGGGCCAGGAAUAAAUACUUCCUGAACAUUUUAUUUCUUUGCAACAAGAAAAAGACAGAAGAUUGUCCUUAUGUCCCUGCUAAAACAUUCCAUUGUUAAAAUUUGCACUUUGAAGGUAAACUUUCAGUCCUCCAGGUGUCCACGGACUUGUGCUACUAUGUUUUUUUUUUUAUUCUUGGUAUCAACUGAAAGUUCAGACAAGGCCCACAGAAAAAGGUGUUCCAUGCAUUUGCCACACAUUUGCAUCUCAGCUGGUUCCACAAAUGUUCUUUUGUGCAUCCACUUUCAUCGUAUCAUUGCCAUCACUUUUCUUCAUUCCUCAACUACUAUUCACAUUCAUUUAAUGUUUUCUGUAAACAUUUUUAAAACAGUUGAGUUGUCACUUAACAUUUUCUUUGAGUUAGUGUCAGGGAAGCAAGCCAUGCUCAAUAUUUAACAAUCACUUGUAUGUGAAUGUGUGUGGAAGAGUGUGUUUUAUUUGUCAUGUAUUGGUACAAGCAGAUUCAGUAUAAACUCACAAACACAGAUUUGAAAAUAAUGCACACACAGUGUUCAAAUUUGAACCUUUCUCAUGGAUUUUUGGUGUGGGCCAAUAUGGUGUUUACAUUAUAUAAUUCCUGCUGUGCAAGUAAAGCACAUUUUUUUUUCCUAAAAUGUUUUUUCCCCGUGUAUUCUAUUACGGAUACUGGUUUUGUUAAUUAUGAUUUUUUUCCUUUCUCUUUUUUUUUUUUAGAAUGUAGCAAUAAUGCUAUUACUGAAAUGAAUGAUUUCCUUUUUCUGAAAUAUAAUCAUUGAUGCUUGAAUGAUAGAAUUUUAGUACUGUAAACAGGCUUUAGUCAUUAAUGUGAGAGACUUAGAAGAAAUGCUUAGAGUGGACUAUUAAGUGUGCCUAAAUGAAUUUUGCAGCAACUGGUAUUCUUGAUUUUGUCCUACUUAAUACACAUUAAUUCAGAACUUGUAUUCUCUUAUGAGUUUGACAGUCUUUUGGAGUGACCAGCAACUUUGAUGUUUGCACUAAGAUUUUAUUUGGAAUGCAAGAGAGGUUGAAAGAGGUUCAGUAGUACACAUGUAACUAAUUUAUUUGAACUAUAUGCUGAAGACAUCUACCAGUUUCUUCAAAUGCCUUUUUAAACUCAUCACAGAUGAUUGGCAAAAAUGGUGAAAGUGCUGAAUAUCAUACUUUUCUUCUUGCACAUCAGCUACAGGAGUUUUGUACAAUGAAAAUACUAAUUCAUUUGACAUUCCAUGUUAAACUACUGUCAUGUUCAGCUUCAUUGCAUGUAAUGUAGACCUAGUCCAUCAGAUCAUGUGUUCUGGAGAGGUUCUUUAUUCAAUAAAGUUUUAAUUUAGUAUAAAGACA